GCUCUGUUAUGGUGAGCCCAGAAGCAGGUGGCCUGUGGCCUUCGGAACUGAUAAUGGCAAAGUGCCCGAAAUCAUGAAAAGACGUGGCAUCUCUAGAGAGACUGACAGAAUGGAUGCUCGCAAUAAGAAGGCCAAGUUAAUGGUUGCUGAGCAUGAACAAAGACACUGUGUUGACUCGAGUACACAAGGUUCACUUGCUAGCACAAUGGACAAGGCUGACUCUAGCACUGAUAUCCUGACAAAUGUGCAUUUCAUGGCAAGGAACAAAGCAAUGUCGAUGCAUUUUAUGCAAUGCCACCCUGAAGGGACUGCGCAUGUUACUUUUGCUGACAAGGAAACUAUUGAGGGUGCUACAUCUUUGCCUGGGACACCAUUCUCCUCUAGAUUUUUCACAGCAAUGCAGCCAACCCAGAAAGGGGAGAGUCCACUGCCUGCCAGCUGCCUCUGUAACUGAAGAGCUGUGAGAGUGUAUGUUCACCAAAGAAAAUAGGCCUGCUGAUCUAAACCUUGCCCUGCCAGGAACGAAACUGUGAUACAAAAUCAGGCUGCCCUGACAGAGCAUGUACUUGAUACAAAAUCGACAACACAACAGUUACCGCUACCCAAACAUUUCCCUGUCUGUCUGUCUGACUGACCGGAGGAGACUUCCCCGUUUUUCUCUUCUCGGGAUUUACCCUUGUUACAGAUACAGAUAGAUGAGGAGAAUUUGGUUGACAGGUAUGAAGAAACCUCUGAAAUUGGCUGAGGUUAUAUUUCGCCAUGGCAUUUUGAGACGGCAUGUUUCGGCGAUCCACACGCCUUUUUUCUGAAUGCGGUUGUGGUUGAAAAACAGAAGCACAACCUGAUUAGUAGCAUCAGCAUGCAAUAUUUUUGCUCUUUGUGCUGGCUUAGAUGUUAAUGUGUGUAAUCUUGGUUUUGCGUUGCUCAGACCUAUUUUGUGUCAUUGUUACAAUUUUUUGUUGUUGAUGAUCUUGUCAUUUCAAGACCAGU